AUGCGUUUGGCUGAUGCGCGAAGGGUCGUUCUGUUGAAUUACAAUUCUGAUACAAAACACAUCGAUUUCAGGCAUUACAGCAUCGGAGUGAAGCCUGUUGGUAUAAGCAAAAGUGUUAGGCGGGUGGUUACAGAUCACAUACCAGAUUUACAUAAUUAUGAGGACAUUAGUGAAUAUGUGUUAAGGGAGAGGCGCGUAUCGGAUAGCGAAGCGGAGAGUAGUGCGGGGGAGACUGUCACACUAGCACAGGAUUUUAUUGGCAGGGCUAACAAAAAAUUCGACCAGCGCGCAAUAAAAUUAUCUGAGAUAGGACCACGCAUGGAAUUGCAAUUGGUAAAAAUUCAGAAUGGUCUGUGUGAUGGAGAAGUGUUGUACCAUGAAUUUGUGCACAAAACGCCAGAGGAAAUUAAGAAAAUGACGCAAGAACGUGAACGACGAACACAACAAGCUGCCUUGAGGCGUAAAGAGCAAGAGCGAAAUGUUGAACGAAAAAAGUUGGAGAAAGAAGCUCAACGUAUUGCUUCAAUAAAAGAACAGGGAGUCGAUAUAGUUGGAGAUCAACGAUCGACCAACGACGAAGAGGACGAUGUUUUUAACGAGAAUUUGGAUGAAGAGGAUGAUAUAUUAUUUAAAGAUAAUUUUGAUGAAGAAGAUGAUGCAUUGCUUGAUAAGGAUUCUGAUGAAGGUGGAGAUAUGUUAUUUGAAGAAAACUCUGAUGAAAGGGAUGAAAACUUUGAAGAGGAUGGAAAAAGUGAAUCUAGUUCAGAAGAGGAACAUUCUAUUAAACCGAGGAAGCUUUUAAAAUCGCGUAGUAAAGAACGGCAGCCAUUAAAAAAUAGUGUUGAUAAAAUCCUUCGUCAAGAUACAACAAGUGAUUUCGCAAAAAGUAGUAAGAGUAAUUCGCGUCAACAAAAGAAAGAUUCAAUGAGAGACGGGCCAAAGAAGAGCAUAAAAGUAAGCAUG